UUAAUAAUUUCAUCGUUAAAAUGUCAAAUUUAAAAGAGCGCCAUUUUAUGUUAUCGCGAGAGAUUUGGUUAAUUGUCUACCUUUAUGAAACUUUCAACAGGGACGUUAACUGCUUUCAUUUAGCAUUCAGAAUUGUUAAGUAUUUUUCUGAAUAGAGCGUGUGCCAUGUGGGAGUAAAUUUUCGUAAAUUUCGAGUAAAUUGCACUCAAAGCAAUUGUGUUUCCGACGCUUUGGUUUCUGAGUGAAGGAAGCAAAAAGUGAUAAUGGCACUACAUAGUGUGCCUCCAAAAAGAAAAGAAAUUUAUAAAUACGAGGCACCAUGGCCCCUCUACAGUAUGAACUGGUCUGUUCGUCCUGACAAGCGGUUUCGUUUGGCCCUUGGAAGUUUUGUAGAAGAAUAUAACAACAAAGUACAAAUAGUUUCACUCGAUGAAGAAACUUCAGAGUUUAGUGCCAAAAGUACUUUUGACCAUCCUUAUCCAACCACAAAGAUCAUGUGGAUACCGGAUAGCAAAGGAUUAUUUCCUGAUCUUUUGGCCACAUCCGGGGACUACCUAAGAGUUUGGAGAGCAGCAGAGCCGGAAACUCGCUUGGAGUGUGUUUUAAACAAUAAUAAAAACUCAGACUUCUGUGCUCCUCUGACUUCUUUCGAUUGGAAUGAAGUAGAUCCAAACUUAAUUGGCACGUCGAGCAUAGACACAACGUGUACCAUCUGGGGUUUGGAAACUGGUCAAGUCUUGGGAAGAGUAAAUAUGGUCACUGGACAUGUCAAAACUCAAUUGAUCGCUCAUGACAAAGAAGUAUAUGAUAUAGCGUUUAGCCGUGCAGGAGGUGGCCGUGAUAUGUUUGCAUCUGUCGGUGCCGAUGGGUCCGUGAGGAUGUUCGAUUUACGGCAUUUGGAACACUCGACGAUAAUCUAUGAAGAUCCUCAACAUACGCCACUUUUAAGACUUGCGUGGAACAAACAAGAUCCGAAUUAUCUUGCGACGGUAGCUAUGGACGCUUGUGAAGUAAUAAUUUUGGAUGUCCGUGUUCCAUGUACACCGGUCGCUAGGCUAAAUAAUCAUAGAGCAAGCGUUAACGGCAUAGCCUGGGCACCCCAUUCGUCUUGUCACAUAUGUACGGCUGGAGACGAUCAUCAAGCAUUAAUUUGGGAUAUACAACAAAUGCCAAGAGCCAUCGAGGACCCUAUUCUAGCAUACACAGCUGCCGAGGGGGAGGUAAAUCAAAUACAGUGGGGUGCCACUCAGCCUGAUUGGAUCGCGAUUUGUUACAAUAAAGCAGCGGAGAUCCUCAGAGUGUAAAAAAAAAAAUAGUAUUUUCCAUUAGUUUUAUAUCUUUUAAUAACAUAGUUUCUUUGCAAAUUGUUUACUUAAG